AUGGGUGCAGUCAUGGCAAAACCGCAGUUGUAUGCUGUUGAACCGAAUGUUGAUUUCGAUAGUGGCUCUAAUACGCCCUACUCCCUCGCUUUGAAAGAUAAAUUUCCUGAGGUUAUUCAGCAAUUGAAUAAAUACUUGGUAGAAAUCGGGCAUUUUCAUAAGAUUGUAGAGAAAACAAAAAAGAUGUACAAGAACAUGGCCAAUGAAUACCAUCAAAUAUCUCUCAUAAAGGUACAAAGUCGAAUAGAUGAAGAUUAUGGUGUUUUUGACAAAUUAGCUGCUAGUCUUGGGAACCUAGGUGAAGAAUAUAAAAAAACAGAUAAUGAUUUUCAUAUGGUUAAUGUUGAUUUGACUCAAUUGAAGAAAGACUUGCUAAAACAUAUUAAGACCGCCAAGAAAGAAGAAGCUCUAUGUCAUGCUAGAUUGAAAAAAUGUAUAAAGAAAUUGGAUGGAGUGAAAAAUAAGGCUUUCAAACAUAAAAUUCUUCUUCAAGAUUCAACGACUGAAUUGCAGAGCAAUCCAUCACUUACAGAAGAUGAGACAAGACAGCUAGAAAAUACUAUUAAAGAUUGUGAAAGGCAGCUUGUUAAGAUUGAACAGGAAAACAAUCAAGCAAUUAAGGAAUAUUAUACGGAAAAGGAAACAUUUGACAUGUAUCUAGGAAAUAUUUUAUCACACUUGGAAUAUAUAGAUAGAAAAAGAUUCACGGCUAUGAGAUUGUUGGUAAAGAGAUAUUCAGGCAUUCAGAAGAAGAUUGCCGAAAUUAUGUACAAUGAAGCUCAUGCUAUGGACCAAAGAAUCAAUUCAUUGAGAGAAGACAAGGAAUUUUCUGCUUUCAUUUCAGAGUGUAGAUAUGGUGAAAUUUUGGACAAUAGUCAAAAGAAUGACAACAUCAGAAAAGCUUUGGAAAGUUUUGCUACACUCAGAGUUAUCAGUAAGCAAGUUAUAAAUGCAAUUAAUGCUGGAGUACCAUUUAAUGAUGCUGACUUUCCUCCAAAUGCAAAAUCGAUAUUGGGUCCUAAUCAAAAGAGUUAUCCAGAGUGCACAUUUAUGAGAGCUCCAGAAAUGCUUGGUCCCAAGUUUGCUCUUUUCCACGAUGGUAUUGAGCCUGAUGAUAUUAAACAGGGAUCGCUUGGAGAUUGCUACUUCUUGUCAGCUCUCUCGUGCAUAGCCAGAGAACCAAUCCUCAUUGAAAGAUUGUUCUCUACCAAAAUAAUGAAUCCAGUGGGUAUUUAUGAGUUGAAUCUUUGUAUAGGGGGUGAGUUCAGAAAGGUCAUCAUUGAUGAUUACUUCCCAGUUAGAAAUGGAACUAGAACGCCUCUAUUUGCAUAUAACAAGUCUCCAGAGUUGUGGGUUAUUGCACUUGAAAAAGCCUACUCUAAAGUAUGUGGGUAUUACUUGAAUAUUGAAGGAGGUAACCCAAUUGAGGCUUUUGAAUUGUUAACAGGUUAUCCAUCUCAUAAUAUUUUUGUAAAGAAUCAAAAGAAUAAGGAUCAAUUGUGGAAGCAAUUGAUUGAUGCUGUAAAGAAGAAUAACUUUAUCUGUUGCAGUACAAUAGAUGAUGAUAAUGGAUGUAACAAGAUGGGUCUUGUUGCAAACCAUGCGUAUGCUUUCCUUGCAUGUAAGGAAGUGAGAAACCUCAAAUUAGUGUACAUAAGAAAUCCUUGGGGUAAAGGAGAAUGGACAGGAGCUUGGAGUGACCGAGAUCCAAAUUGGACUGUUGAGAUGAAGAGAGAGGCUGGUUAUAGUGAUGCUGAUGAUGGACGUUUCUUUAUGUCUUUUAAUGAUUUUUUGAGUUGGUUUGAUACUAUUUCACUUUGUAGAUAUGAACCAUCUUAUUUCAGAUCAGAUAUUUCAGUACCAAUGCAAAGCUUUCCUGUUCAGGAUUCUUCUUCAUAUCCUGUAAUUUGUGUAGACAUUGGAGAGAAUCAACAUGAUGCCUACUUUGGUCUUCAUCAACUUGGAAAACGUUUCAGAAAGGAUAUAGGGCAAGCCAAACCAACCUUCUUCUCUUUCAUUGUUGUUCAGAAUGAUGUGGUGGUGGCAACUGGAUCUGAAUCUAAGGUUAUUAAGUGUAACAAUUCCACUUACACUGAUGAAUUAGUUCUUAGAGCAGGCAAAUGUUAUCUUGUUCCAUUUGUGCAAACUGAUGGACGUAAUCCAGAUAAAAUUGUCAUGACUGGUCACUUGGUUGGUAAAUUUUCAUUGAAAUUAUCACAAUCCUCUAUUUCCAUAAGAGGAGUAUCAAAGACCUACAAACAAUUAAAAGGGUUCAUUAAAUAA